AUGCGAGCCUUACUAACCGUCAGCGUCUUCCAUCAGGACUUUAUCGUGGAUAAGCGUUUCCAGAUCACUAAGGAGCUCGGCCACGGCGCCUACGGUGUGGUCUGUUCCGCAAAGUUCGAUGACGCCGGCGAAGAGAAGUCGAUUGCAAUCAAGAAAAUUACCAACAUUUUCAGCAAAAAGAUCCUCACGAAGCGCGCCAUCCGCGAAUUGAAGUUGCUAGGACAUUUCCGCGGUCACAAGAAUAUUACAUGCUUGUACGAUCUUGACAUCACGCCGGAUGCCGAGGGAAACUUCAACGAGGCCUACCUCUACGAGGAGUUGAUGGAAUGCGACAUGCAUCAGAUCAUCCGUUCGGGCCAGACCCUAACCGACUCGCACUACCAGAGCUUCAUCUAUCAAAUCUUGUGUGGGUUGAAGUACAUCCAUUCGGCUGAUGUGUUGCACCGCGACUUGAAGCCAGGCAAUCUCUUGGUGAAUGCGGACUGCGAGCUCAAGAUCUGCGACUUUGGGCUUGCAAGGGGCUUUUCCUCGGACCCUGCGACGAACAACGGGUUCUUGACGGAGUAUGUCGCUACUAGAUGGUACCGAGCCCCGGAGAUUAUGUUGAGUUUCCAGAGCUAUACCAAGGCCAUUGAUAUCUGGUCUGUGGGGUGCAUUCUCGCGGAGUUGUUGGGGGGUAAGCCGAUCUUCCGCGGAAAGGACUACGUGGACCAGCUCAACCAGAUCCUCUACAUCGUGGGGACACCGGAUGAGACUACCUUGCAGAGAAUUGGGUCCAAACGUGCCCAGGAGUAUGUCAGAUCUUUGCCGUUCAUGCCAAAGGUCCCCUUCAGCCAAUUGUAUCCGAACGCCAACCCUGACGGCUUGGACUUGUUGGAGAAAAUGCUCACCUUGGACCCAUCACAGCGCAUCACAGCGGAGGAGGCCUUGGAACACCCGUACUUGAACGUGUGGCACGACCCUUCCGAUGAACCCGUCUGCACCUCCAAGUUUGACUUCUCCUUCGAAAGCGUCGAGGAUUCUGCCGUUAUGCGGCAAAUGAUCAUUGACGAAGUCCAGACCUUCCGACAGUCCGUCCGGGCCCCCAUCGAGGAGCAAACCAACUUACAGAACCUCCAGGACCACUAUGCCCAGCAGAUGGCAGAGCACCAUCAGAUACAGCAGGGCCACCUUGAGGCGGCCAAAGAGCUCCAGAGCCAGGCUGACCAGUUCUACGCCAACCCCAACUACCAGAUGCUCAGCACCCCCACCAUGUUGCAGAACAUCCCCAACGACAGCUUCCUCGACGACUUGCCCCCGAGGCCGCAGGAAAACGUGUUCAGCGACCCUUCCGACAUUCUCGGAUUGGAGCAGGAACUUGAGUUUGGGCUUGACCGCAACUUGGGCUUCAUCUAA